GACAUUAGACUUUCUCUCUCUUCCUCACUCACUCCUAGUCCUCAGGCGGACAUGAGACAUCCCCCACCUCCUUAUCCGUUCUUUUAUCGUCAAAACAUCAAAUUUCCAACACAACUCCUCUUCUCUUCUCUCCUGUUCCUCUUCUCCUCUCCUCUCCUGUGCCACUAAAAAUGCUCUCUCUUUCUCUCUCUCAUCCAUCUAUGUGGGAACAGAUUUUUCUUUCAAAUUUUGAAUAACAGAAAAAACCAACAUCAUAAUCAACAACAACAAAUACUAGGAUGUCUUGUUUGCUGCCACAGUUCAAGUGUUAUCCAGACCCCUUCUCUACCCAAUUCAGAACUCUACACUCUUACACUAUUACUACCACUCACUCUCACUCUCAAGCCACAAAAACUAGAGAGCCUAUUUUUUCGGGAGCAAAAUGUAUUUUAUCCACUGCAGCACCUUCAACAUCCACAGGAACUACUACAUUACUUAAUAUGGAGAAGCUGAGAUUACCUUCUUUAGAAACUAAUUCUGACUCAGUCACUGAAAACAGACCAUGGACAUACACGGGGGCAACCCGUCCACCUGCAGAGGUGAAAUUUGAAGCAACAUUAGCAACAGAAACGCUUCUUACAAGUGAAGAGGCUGUGAUAGCUGCUGCUGCCGCUGAAGCUGUUACUCUUGCAAAAGCAGCUCUCAAGGUUGCAAAGGAUGCGGCCCUAAUAGUUAAAAAUAGUAACUCUGCAAAAGCAGAUAGUGUGUCGCCGAUUUCUCCUGAAGCUGAUGCUUUACAUUUCCAAUGGGUUCAGCUCAUGAAAACUGAUCGAGCUGGUACAGUAGAUCUGGUGGAAGCUGAAGCUGGAGUUUUGGGAGACCAUUCUGAGCAAUAUGUUGCAGAAGAGUCUGAUGAUGUGGAGCCAACCCAUGAAGAACUUGAAGCUCUGCAAGAGCAACUAUCCAAGAGUAAAGCUGUAAGAUCUAGACGCCAAACAGAACGAAAGGCUAGAAGAGCCAGAGCGGCAGAUAAGGCUGCUGCCAAUGUUGUGUCUGUGAAGCCUGGUUCUACCAGCCGGAAAAAGCGUGCUUCUUUACAAGAUGUAGACUAUUAUGAUCCAUUGCGUUACUUGAGAGCAACAACCAGCAGUUCUAAGCUUCUUACUGCAACCGAAGAACUAGAGUUGUCUGAAGGAAUACAGGACAUGCUGAAACUGGAAAAGCUCCAAGAGGAGCUUACUGAGCGAUGUGGUGGUCAGCCCACCUUUGCACAAUGGGCCGCAGCUGCAGGAGUUGAUUCAAAAACCCUGAGGGAGCGCUUAAACUAUGGUAUUCAAUGCAAAGACAGAAUGAUUAAAAGCAACAUACGGCUUGUUAUAUCAAUUGCAAAAAAUUAUCAGGGAGUUGGGAUGAAUCUCCAAGAUCUUGUUCAGGAAGGAUGUCGAGGUCUUGUAAGAGGUGCAGAGAAGUUUGAUGCUUCAAAGGGUUUUAAGUUCUCAACCUAUGCUCACUGGUGGAUUAAACAGUCAGUUCGGAAGUCUCUUUCUGAUCAGUCCAGGACAAUUCGGUUACCUUUUCACAUGGUGGAAGCAACAUACAGAGUGAAGGAGGCUAGAAAACAAUUGUAUAGUGAAAAUGGAAGAUAUCCUGAUGAUAAAGAAGUUGCAGAGGCAACAGGGCUGACAAUGAAGAGGCUUACAUCUGUAUUACUGACUCCAAAAGCUCCUAGAUCUCUGGAUCAGAAGAUUGGCAUCAACCAGAAUCUUAAACCUUCGGAAAUAAUAUCAGACCCCGAAGCAGAGACAGCAGAAGAACUGCUGUUAAAGCAGUUCAUGAAGCAGGACCUGGAAAAAGUACUAGACAGUCUUAAUCCAAGAGAGAAGCAGGUCAUCAGAUGGAGGUUUGGAAUGGAUGACGGAAGGAUGAAGACGUUGCAAGAGAUAGGGGAGUCUAUGGGUGUAAGUAGAGAGAGAAUUAGGCAGAUUGAGUCGUGUGCAUUCCGUAAACUGAAGAACAAAAAGAGAACCAAAAAUUUGCGGCAGUAUUUGCUUCCAUAAGCCCUCAUCAGAUACAGGAAUUAGAUUACUAAAAAACGGUGCUAGCUUACCUGAGGUUUAGAAAGGCUUGUGUUGCUUUUAUCUAUGUUUAUAAUUUAUUUCUCCACUUUGCAGGACAGAAAUGUGUAUAGAAACAAAAGCUUUUGAAAUUAUGCAUUUUUCCCCAUUCUUUGAAGUA